AUGUCGGGAGCGGGACGGGCUAAAAGCCCGAGCUCGACGCCUGUCCCUUCCACCGAACAGCAGAACGAUGGCUCCCAAGUGCCAGACGCCGAAUGGGCCGCGAUGAGCAAGGUAUUGAACGCCAUCUACGACUAUCGCACUCAAGAUGGCUUCGAUCCAUCGAAGCUGUUCCAACGUCUGAUCAACAAGCGCGUCAUCCCCGAAUACUACGAAACGAUCAAGGAGCCGAUGGCCCUCUCGACCAUCAAGCGAAGGAUCCACCAGAAAGCCUAUCAAAACUUCGCCGAGUUUGUGCGCGACUUCGCGCUGAUUCCGCACAAUGCGCAAGUCUUCAACAUACCGGAGAGCGGCGCAUUUCAGGAUGCGCUGGUGGUCAAGGAGCAAUUAGAGAAACAACUGCAGUUGCUGGUUAAGGACGGCUUGAUCACACAAGCGACCGCGACGCUGCCGUACUUGGGAGAGAUUCCGACGUAUGAACCUCCCGCAGCUGAAGAAGCAGCGGAGGGCGUAGAAGUAGAGGCUGAAGAUGAGGAAGAGUCCGAUGAGGAAGGAGAAGAGGACGACGAUGAUGACGGCGAUGAGGAUGACGAAGGAAGGAAGAAGAAGCGUAAAGCGCCUAGAAGUGGAGCAUCGAUAGUGAAGCGCGAAGCAGCAGAAGACUUCGAGGGCGGGAAACGCUCCAGAGGAAGGCCGCCUAAGCUUCUCACACCAAUGGAAGCGCGAAUGCAGACCAUCCUCAAAGGCGUCCGCAAGCCGAGAAACAACCGCAGCCAGUUGAUGAUCAGGAACUUCGACCGUCUGCCAGACAAGCAACAAAUGCCGGACUACUAUGCUGAGAUCAAGAAUCCGAUGGCGUAUGAUCAGCUCAAGCGAAAGGUUAAACGUAAGAAGUACAAGACACUUGAGGAGUUCAUGGAUGACAUCAACUUGAUGUUCAACAAUGCCAAGAAAUACAACACCGACGAUUCACAGAUUUACAAGGACGCUGUAGCUCUGCAGGUGGAAGCCGGACGACUGUAUGACGAGGAGAAGGCCAAGCCAGACGAGUCAUUCGCGGACGACGAAGGGAAGCUUCCACUGCCCAACGGUAUCUUACAUAACGGCGAACACUACAAAGUUGGCGACUGGGUGCACAUUCGCAAUCCCAACGACCUUACGAAGCCGAUCCCCGCCCAGAUAUAUAGGACAUACAAGGCGGCGAACGGGCAAAGCAUGGUCAACGUCUGCUGGUACUAUCGCCCGGAGCAGACAGUUCACCGCUUCGACAAGCAUUUUUACGGAAACGAGGUUGUCAAGACUGGCCGCUACAGGGACCACAACAUCGACGCUGUGGAGGGCAGAUGCUUCAUCAUGUUUUACACAAGAUAUUUCAAGGGUCGACCGCGGAAUCUCCCCCUAGCUACAGAGGUCUAUGUUUGCCAAGCGCGCUACAACGAGACUGCCCAUCAAUUCAACACCAUCAAGACCUGGGCUUCAUGUCUGCCUGAUGAAGUGCGCGACAAAGACUACGAGAUGGACCUCUUCGACCAUCCGCGCAAGAUGAAGAAACAUCCAUCCCCCAUUGCAUACCUGCUCAAGGAUGACCAAAAAGAAACAGAUGACUUCCCAAAGGUGCAAUGGGGACUUGAAGGUGCGCCGCCAAAGAUUGGUGCAGUCCACAGAAGACCACGCAACGAGAAAGAUUCCCCGCCUCCAGAACCAACACCCCCGCCACCUCCCAAGCUUCCCACUCCGCCGCCCCGCGCUAUUCCGCCAACACCACAAGCCUACACUCCGACGACUUCGCAGCAACCGGUGGCAAGGCCUCCAUCAACGGGUGCAGCACAAGGGUACAAUAGCUACACGCCAGCACGGCCACAAUAUCCACAGUAUCCAGGCCAGACCGUACCAUCGCCAGCUCGACCGUCAUCCACGCAGCCACUAUACCAACAGACGACAACGCCGCAUCAGCCUCAAGCAAUGCAGCCUCGGCCUAUACCGCCGCCUGCAUCGAGCUAUCCGUCCUCAAACCCCAAUCUGCCGGCCCACCCAGCAGCGUAUCCCCCUCGACCACCGACUGCAAGCUAUCGCGAUCCGCCAUCGAUUGAGGUGUACACUCUGCCUGACGCCGCCAAUCUGUCAAUACCUCCAGAGGUUCGUGAGCAAUACCAGCGGGACGAGUUCGGACGCGUUCUGUUCUUUACCACGCCGCCGCUCAACCUGGAGCAGGAAGGGCCUCGCGGCCACAGUGUCCGGUACCUUGCAGAGAAGGCUCGACGUGCUGAAACGCUUGCAAAGAAGCGCAAGGAGCGGGAGUUGCAGAAGCAAGCGGAGGAGCGGACCGCAAAGAAAGCUCGGCUGGAGGAGAGCGAGCAAACAGCAGCUCAAAUUGACCAAUUGAAGCGCCAGGCUCUGAAUGUGCUUGACAAGCAGCUGGCGGAAUCGGUCGCGCAUGGACUUGAUGAUCGUGACCUUGGUACCCUCAGUGCCUCACACGAAGCCGCACUGGAUCGGAAGAAGCAAAUGGAGGACAACCAGCGUCGACGAAUUGCCAUGCGGAGCGUAACGCUAGGUAGCACCUUUUUCGCUGAUGAUUGGGACUCCAGGUUAGCUCAGCAGUGA